CCGGCGGGCGGAGCGGCGCGGGCGGGCAGCCGCGCGGCGGCACGGCCAUGAACGCGGCUGUGGUGCGGCGGACGCAGGAGGCGCUGGGCAAGGUGAUCCGCAGGCCGCCGCUGACGGAGAAGCUGCUGAGCAAGCCCCCGUUCCGCUACCUGCACGACAUCGUCACGGAGGUGAUUAGGACCACGGGGUUCAUGAAGGGCCUCUACACAGAUGUUGAGAUGAAGUCAGAUAACGUCAAGGAUAAAGAUGCAAAAAUUAGCUUCCUCCAGAAGGCCAUAGAUGUGGUCAUGAUGGUUUCAGGAGAGCCUUUGUUGGCAAAACCAGCCCGAAUCGUGGCCGGGCACGAGCCUGAAAGAACAAACGAGCUGCUUCAGAUAAUUGCAAAGUGCUGCAUCAACAAGCUCUCCAGCGAGGACGCAGUGCGGAGAGUUCUGGCUGGAGAGAAGGCGGACGCGAGAGGAAGGGCCUCCCGGACCUCCAAGCCUCACGAGUCAGACAAUAAGAAUGUGAGGGAAGACGACUCGAGAGCUCACAGAGAUAGAGAGGAUAGAAGAAAUUCAGAAGUAAAAGAGAGAAGUACAAGCAGAGAUGGAAAACAGAGAGAAGAACUGAAAGAAGAAAGCAAAUCAAGAGAAAAAGAAAGGGACAAGGAGAAGAUGAAGGACAAUGACCGAGACCGGCACAAAGAUGUGGAGAGAGACAAGUACCGGGAAGGGGAGAAGGAGAAAAGCAGAAGCAGGGCCAGGCAGGAGCGAGAGAGGGACAGAGACAGAGGCAACAAGGACAGAGACGCAGACCGGGACAAGGAGCGGGAGAGGAGGGGCGAGGCAGGGCGGGAGAAGGAGCGGCACCGGGAGCGCGACCGCGACAAGGGCAAGGACCGGGAGCGGCGGAGAGCGAGAAACGGGGAGCACUCCAGGGACCCCGACAGGGAGAAGAACCGAGAGCAGGAGAAGCUGGAGAGAAAGUCAGCAAGUUCAGGGGAGAUAUCUAAGAAGUUUUCAGAUGGAUCCUUUAAAGACUCCAAGGCGGAAACAGAGGCUGAGAUUUCCACCACAGCGUCCCGGUCAUUGACAUCAAAAACAUCAAAACGACGAUCCAAAACUUCAGUGGAAGGAAGAAGGGACUCUAGAACCAGUGAACACAGUCUUUCCCCAGAAAAAGAACGUAACUCUUCCUACACUAAAGCUAAGAAGGAGCAUGCUGGGAAACAGCUCGGAAGGAAGGAGGAUAAUAUUUCAGGUAAAAGUUUAGACCCCAUAACGUCUGGAUUAAAUGAUGAACCAGAUCAGGAAACUACAGCUUCAGAAAUAGGAACCAAAGAAACCAUUACUAACUCAACUAGUGUUUCAGAUGAUAACUCCACUACUCUGUGGCGUGAGAGCGUUGAGCCCGACCCAGCAGUAAAGCAGAAAGGUGACUCCAUCAGUGAUGCAGAAGGAGACACUGGAGCUACUGGCCAAGAUAAGUCUGAGGUGUGCGAGAAUCCAGAAGCCCCCAGCGAGCUGUCCUCCAAUGUCAGAAGAAUACCUCGACCUGGCAGUGCUAGACCGGCGCCUCCCCGGGUCAAACGGCAAGAGGGCGUGGAGACCUUGAUGAUGGACAGGACAGGGAGUGGUAAAACCGUCUCAAAUGUGAUUAUAGAUUCACAGAAUUCAGACAAUGAAGACGAUGAUCAGUUUGUGGUGGAGGCUGCCCCUCAGAUCUCCGAAAUGUCCGAAAUUGAAACGGUGCCAGCGCUGGAGCUGGAGGACAGCGAGAAGCACGGUGGACUUGUGAAAAAAAUUUUGGAGACUAAGAAAGAUUAUGAGAAGUUGCAGCAAUCACCCAAACCUGGAGAGAAGGAGAAAUCCUUUGUCUUUGAGUCAGCGUGGAAGAAGGAGAAGGAUAUUGUUUCCAAGGAGAUCGAGAAGCUCCGAGUGUCCAUUCAGACCUUGUGUAAGAGCGCGCUUCCUCUGGGAAAGAUUAUGGACUACAUCCAGGAAGAUGUGGACGCCAUGCAGAACGAACUGCAGCUGUGGCACACGGAGAACAAGCAGCAUGCAGAGGCCCUGCAGAAGGAACAGAGUAUCACGGACUGUGCCGUGGAGCCCCUGAAGGUCGAGCUGGCUGAGCUGGAGCAGAUGAUCAAGGACCAGCAGGACAAGAUCUGUGCUGUGAAGGCCAACAUUCUCAAGAACGAAGAGAAAAUCCAGAAGAUGGUGUACAGUAUCAACUUGACGUCUCGAAGGUGAAUGCCGAGGAUUCCAGGGAGGAAGUGCUGUGUCCGCAUGGCCCGCCGUCGGGAGGAAGUACUGUGGGCUGCGUGGCCGUCGGGAAGCUUCCGGGCUCUGAAAUGCCUGCACAUAGAGUGUGUCGGGAGGCCUGUGCCCCUCCCGGCUGGAGCCCCCGUUGUUUAUAAAUGCUCUUCAGAACACCUUUGUGGGAGGUAUUUUUUGCAAGCCUGUUCUCUCUUUCUCUGUAGCCUAUUUAGUCCUAUAUCAGAAUUCUCAUGCAGGUAAGCGUUGUCGGCACCAGGAGAUGUUCUUUAUUUUGGUUUUUGAGUCAGGGCUUACUGCAUAGGCCCCAAGCGAAGGGUCACCAUGAACUUUCUGAUGGGCACUUCAUACACAGAAUGAGGCCUGAAAACGAUCACAUUAUAUUUUAGAUUUCCAGCUGAGCAGGGUGGACGGGAGCCCGUGUCCUUGGGUGUGUGCCGAAGCCGGGUUAUUUUCUCCUUCGUGAGCGCAUGGGCGUCCUUAUGAGGUCAUUUUUUGGGGCCCUGUUAACUUGUGCUUGUGUGUCUGGCCCUCCAAGUUCACAGUGGACAAGAGAGGUUUCAGGGUGGCUGUUCAGAGCCUCCUCUGGUAUGGAGUUGCCACAGGGACACCUUUGCUUUCCUCAUGGCCUUGCCCUGGGUGUCCCCGGUCAGCAUGAGCAGAACCCUGCGUUCCUGUAGGAGGAGCCCUUCUGUGAGAGGCAGCAACAUCUUCCUUUUCCUUGCACAGGCUUGUGUACCUGAGAGGCAGUCCCUCAGGAGAAGCCACAAGAAGAAGACUUAGGAGGAUGGAACAAUACCUAAAAUUUUUUGAUGUUAUCCACUUUUUUUGGAAAUUGCUUUUUAAAGCAAAGUUAUUAAUUUUUUUAAAACUUUUUUUUUUUUUUUUUAGUUUUCCACUUAAAUACAAUAUUGCAAAUGCAUACAAAGGUCUUCAGUUCCUGUGGGAAGGGUUUGUGUGUGGAGUUAUACUUGCAGGUCCUGAGGGCCGGAUCCAGGUCCUUCUCCCUCCACUGAGGAGUCUGCAUCAAACGUGAGCAUUGCUGAGAAGGGUCAGCAAUGGCAGCACAGCUUGUUUUAGGUCCAGAGCAAACCCUCUCUGGGCGGCCGUGGGCUCCCAAGCUGCCUGGCUCAGGAGCAGGUGCUGGAGAUUCACCCUGUGGUGGCACUGCUGCUUCUCCUUCCCACCUGCAUCUUGCAGUUAUUUUUGACCAGUUCCCAGGACACAGGGUUGUGGUGGGAGGGGCUGUUGGUUACAGUCCUUCAGGUAUUUAUAGUCUCUUUGCUACUGAAUUGAGUGGCUCAGCGGUGAUCCCAAGUGGUCCCUGUUUGCUUCAGGUUAAGCCGCACGCCUUUCAUGGCUUUGUCCCUGUGAAUAGGAUUUGUGCGUUGCAGAAAUUGCAUACAUUGUAUGUGAGCAGACUUUUGUGUGAAGUGGUCUAUCACAUUGUAUCAUAAGGUUUAUUUUUCUUUCAUAUGUAAAUCGUAAAAGUGAUCACCUAUUUUUUUUAUAAGUGUAUGGAUUGUACAAUUCAUUUCACACAUGGAAAAAUCAUAAGCAUUUGGAUUUUUAGUUUUCAAAGGUAUGUAGAAAAAUACAUCUUUUCAUUCCUGUUGUGACACUUACCCCUUUUCUAAAUUAACUGAAGUUUUAUAAGACAGGUAAGUAUUUACCAGAAAUUUUAAGACUACUUAUAAGGCUCGUGAAGGUCUCUGCAUGUAGCUAUCACUGUAUCUUAUGAUCAACAAAUUAAAUCCUCAUCUUAUUAACAUUUUGAGGAAAUAUACCAAUGGAAUUCUUAA